GUCCAAUCAGAUACGAGGAAGAAGACUUGUCUUCCUGUUGACUUCCUUCUUCUACAACGAUGCGAUUCCGUUUCUGUGGAGAUUUGGACUGCCCAGAUUGGGUACUUGCAGAAAUUAGCACAUUAGCAAAAAUUUCAAGUGUCAAGAUGAAACUCCUUUGUGCUCAAGUGCUGAAGGAUUUGCUUGGAGAGGGCAUUGAUUAUGACAAAGUUGGAAAGCUUACUGCAGAUGCAAAGUUUGAAAGCGGAGACAUCAAAGCUAGUGUGGCAGUGCUUAGCUUCAUAUUCUCCAGUGCAGCAAAGCACGAUGUUGACAGUGAAUCUCUGUCCAGUGAGCUACAGCAGCUUGGUCUGCCUAAAGAGCACGCUACAGGGCUGUGCAAAUCAUAUGAAGACAAGCAUGCUGCACUACAGGAGAAACUAAGAGAGACAAGCCUGAGAUUGGGCAGGCUGGAAGCUGUGUCCUGGCGAGUGGACUAUAUUUUGAGCUCUAGUGAACUGAAGGAAGUGAAUGAACCAAUGAUUCACCUUAAACUGCAGAGGGAAGGAGCAGAAUCGGGUGCCACAGAGACGACUGAGUUCUCUGUUUCUGCUGACAAGUUCAGAGUGUUGCUUGCUGAGCUCAAACAAGCCCAGGCGAUGAUGAAUUCACUACAAUGAAGAAUGGACCAUAGGCCGCACUUUCUGGAAAGUGAUGAUGAUAAUAAACUGCCUGAAGUGCCAUACUUAAUACUUGUGCAGUAUAAUGUAUUCUUUCUGAAAAUUAAGUCAUUCCUUUUUUUUGAUAACUAAUAUCAACUAAUAUUUAGUUUAAUUUUUCAACCACUUUAGUGAAAAUUGGUAGAAAUGU